CACCAAAGCAAAGUCCCAAAUCCCGAAAGCUUACAUACAGGGAAACAAUUAAAAGACAGCCGUUUCAAUUAAAAACCAUCGGAAGGGAGGAGAACAAAGAAGAGAAUAUUUAGAGAGAACAAGUAGGUAAAAUGCCCAUCACCUUGACUGUAAUUUCCAUCCGUUUUAAAAGAUCCCUACUUAUCUUAUGCCUCUGACUCAUUCGUUAAAAGUAGGGUAUCUAGCCCCACCCUCCAUAACUUAACUUUGCUUCAACUUUAUGGGUGAAAGGUUGUGCGUUGACGGAGCUUCAAGUUGCGGUAAAAAGCAAAAAUGGGUCAGCAAAAUCGGAUCCUCGUUUCCUACACUACAAGUGGCGGGGAUGGGGUUAGAAUUUCUUUUCCGACCGGGGUUCAGGGCGGGAAUUUGAGUUUUGGGUCUGGGGCAGGCAAAAUCCGGCGCUGCCCCGCCCCGUUGCCAUUCCCACCUUAUAUUUCAAUCUUGGAAAAACCACAACGUUCAUAAAACAACAACAACAACAACCACGAAAUGGAAUCCCCUCAGGAAGAGCUUCGUCAACCUAUAUUGCAAACGAAUCCGGAUUCCGACCAACCUCAAAACAAUGAGCAGCUCGAAAGAAUACUAUCAGACACCCAGCUGUCGACCUUAAAGCGUCUGCAAUCAGCCAUUGUUAUCGAACUGAAGCUCCUUUUUCACCUCGCUACCCCUGCUGCCUUCGUAUACAUGAUCAAUUACGUUAUGUCCAUGUCCACCCGCGUCUUCUCCGGCCACCUCGGCAACCUUGAGCUCGCUGCUGUCUCACUCGGCAAUAGCGGCAUUCAGCUCUUGGCCUAUGGUCUCAUGCUAGGAAUGGGAAGUGCAGUUGAGACACUGUGUGGGCAGGCAUACGGGGGAAGGAGGUACGAAAUGCUAGGCAUCUAUCUCCAGAGAUCAACCAUCAUUCUUAUGGCAACUGGGAUCCCAAUCGCUGUGCUAUACAUCUUCUCGAAACCCAUAUUGAUCUUCCUCCAUGAACCAGUAGAGAUAGCAUCGGCAGCCGCGGUGUUCACCUACGGCCUUAUCCCUCAGAUAUUCGCCUACGCUGCAAACUUUCCCAUACAGAAAUUCCUUCAAGCCCAGAGUAUUGUGGCUCCGAGCACCUAUAUAUCAAUGGUCACGUUAGGAGUCCAUCUCUUGCUAAGCUGGCUCGCAGUGUAUAAGUUAGGCCUAGGAUUAUUAGGUGCGUCGCUGGUGUUAAGUCUGUCAUGGUGGAUUAUUGUGGGAGCUCAGUUCCUGUACAUCGUCGUUAGCAAUAACUGCAAAUAUACUUGGACCGGAUUUUCGUUACAAGCUUUCUCUGGGUUACCGGAAUUCUUGAAGCUGUCUACGGCUUCGGCAGUGAUGUUGUGCUUGGAGAGUUGGUAUUUUCAGAUACUGGUUUUAAUCGCCGGAUUGCUUAAGAACCCUGAGUUGGCGUUGGAUUCCCUCUCUAUUUGCACGAUGAUGUCUGGUCUCGUUUUCAUGGUUUCAUUGGGCUUCAAUGCAGCUGUAAGUGUUCGGGUGAGCAACGAGCUGGGAGCAGGGAACGAAAGAUCAGCAGCAUUCUCUGUGGUGGUUGCAACAUCAUCGUGUUUCAUCAUAUCUGUGAUCAUAGCCAUAAUUCUGCUUGCACUACGCCAUGUCAUCAGCUAUGCCUUCACUGAGGGUGAAUACGUGGCCGAUGCGGUGUCAGACCUAUGCCCCUUGUUAGCCAUUACCGUAGUUCUCAAUGGGAUCCAACCCGUGCUCUCGGGUGUGGCUGUUGGGUGUGGAUGGCAAGUUUUUGUUGCUUAUGUUAACGUGGGAUGCUACUACUUUGUUGGAAUCCCAUUGGGGGCUCUACUUGGCUUUAAGUUUGACCUUGGCGCUAAGGGCAUAUGGUCCGGGAUGAUCGGGGGCACUCUGAUGCAGACCAUCAUUUUAUUGUGGGUUGCAUGUCGGACAGAUUGGAAACGAGAGGUGGAAGAAGCAGCAAAACGCUUGAAUAAAUGGGAAGACAAGCACAAGCAAGAAUCGCUUCAAAUAGAAUAAGGAUCGAUGAGGAAACUUGGUUCAGUUUUUAAUUAGGCGUUGGAUGAUCGCCACCUCUAAAGUCUAAACCACCGGAUGGCAAGUUGGCCACAUUGAAUUUGUUUGCAGUUGUAAUGUACGUGUCACUAUUAUUAAUUCUUUGUACUUGAUAUGACUCUCUCCUCUGGAUUUAGUGCAAUGUUUAACAGUAAUCAA